CCGCAGUGAUUUGGUAGCCGCUGCAGUAGGAGGAAGGACCGCGGGUCUACCCUUCUAUCUUUCAGUUUCGCCUCGAAUUUCUAUCGGUGUUUCCUUUCUAGUAGCGACCAGUCAUUAGAGUGUACUGUAACGGUGCUCUAUGAUAAAUAAGUCGUAGUAUUAUCCACGGACAGUGAUAUCCAUCGCCAUUUUAACCGCACGUUUUCCCUGACAGAAGCGCUAGCACAACAAUGGCUCUGAAAAGAAUUCACAAGGAGUUGAAUGAUUUGGCACGGGACCCACCAGCCCAGUGUUCUGCGGGACCAGUAGGAGAUGACAUGUUUCACUGGCAAGCCACAAUAAUGGGACCUAAUGACAGUCCUUACCAGAGCGGGGUUUUCUUCUUGACCAUACACUUCCCCACAGACUACCCCUUCAAACCGCCAAAGGUUGCGUUUACCACAAGAAUCUACCACCCAAAUAUAAACAGCAACGGCAGCAUUUGUCUUGACAUCCUGCGAUCACAGUGGUCUCCAGCUCUCACCAUCUCCAAAGUUCUCCUGUCCAUCUGCUCUCUGCUGUGCGACCCAAACCCGGAUGACCCCUUAGUACCCGAGAUCGCCCGCAUCUACAAGACGGACAGGGAAAAGUACAACAAAAUAGCUCGGGAAUGGACACAAAAGUAUGCAAUGUAGUGUUGGGGUAGAAUCAUGGCCAACCACCUCUACGACAUAAGGUUAGGGGAGCUUCAGACGUAAAGAGAAAACAAACAAAAAACCAUACAAACAAAUGAAAAGUUUAAAACAAGAUCUUGUUGGUUUCCAUUGGAGUGCUUUCUUUGAGCCACGCCUCCCCUUCACCAGAGUACCUGUAAAACUCCCUCUGCCCCACCCUCUCUCUCUCUCUCCCCCUCUCUCUCUAUCUAUCUCUAUCUUUCUCUCUCUCUGUUUGACUCUGUCUCUCCCCCUUCUUCCUCCUCUCACACCUCUCAGCUCACCUGCCCACCCUCCAGUGUAAAUUUUGUCACCUUAUAAUGGUUACACCCGUCUCUCCCUGCUCCUUUUUCCACCUCACUCCUCCCUUGUGACCUCUGCCCCCCCUUCUCCUCCUCCUCCUCCAUCCCUGAACUCUGUAUUACGUUACAUUAUGUCACCAUGCAGGUUGGGCUGUCGCAGCCUCCCCCCUCCCCCCUUUCGUCCUGCAUCCUCGCCCCUUUACCUCCCCCCAUGUUAAUUACUAAAAGCAUUCCUUUGAGCAUCUGUAAAACUUUUGAGGGGACCUUUUAUUUUUCUUCCUUGAUUUCCCUUUUUUAGGGGGGAGGGGGGGGGGACAGUAAUAUGGAGGGAUUUUUACACUCUGCACCCUUUCUUGUUUUGUUGUCCUUAUAAUUCCCAUCAGCCGAGGUGACAAUUCAAGAAAGCAGUUUGGCACGCGAGUCGAAGGGCACUCUGUAUUUUAUACAACGAAUACUUAAAAGAAAUCAUCGCAGGCUAUGAAAAAAAGAAAAAAAAGAAAA